GCAGCACUGCUGGCGGUGUUGCCUCAGAUGGAUUGCGUAGAAGAGGAUAUUCAGAUUCCAAACAUUUUAAUGAAAAAAGGCCUUGCUGGUUUUAUCUGAGUGCCCGCCAUCCAUCUCCAUGUCUGCAGUGCUCGAUAUUGAUUUUUCAAUGAACACUUGAAAAGAAAAGAAAGUUCAAAGGAGGUAUUUCCCUCUGUUGGCUCAUCUUCACCCUACCUCUCUCCCAUUCUGCUUCCUCCUUAUAAUCCCCAAGUGAAGAUGAGUAGCAUGCUGCGAAUAUGACGUCGCUGACUAGUGUCAUUGCCUCCCACCAGUCUGAGUGGGUGUCCUUCACUGAUGAGCUGCUUCUCCCUGUUAACCCGCGAGGUAGCACUGAGGAGCCUCUGGAGAAAUGUUUUUCUUCCUCAGACUCCUCCUCAGAAGAGUACCACAAUGCAGAUGGAGAAUUUCAAGAUCUCUCCCACACAGAGCUGGAAGAUGCUAUUGACCAACCCAAGGUGGAUCCUGCUGCGCUUGGGAGCCAUGUGUGUCCCAGCACUGAUCUGUCAUCAUCCAUCAGUGCUUGGGUUCAGUUUGAAGAUGCACCAUGGGCCAGUGCUCCAUCAACACACUCACAAACAGUGUCUCCAUCAAAAGCACCCAACUGGACUUCCCCCUCCUCCAACUCUUCUGAGAGGCAAACCCAUGCCUCAGAGAGCAGCUGGACAACCAACUCGGAGGACACCAGCAGCCCAAGCAUUGCUCCCUCCUACACAGAUCUGCAGUCAGUCAAUACUGAGGACUUGACCAGUGGUGGAACGUCUGCAGCAGAUUCCGCUGACAAUUCCUCAUCUCUCCAGGAAGAUGAAGAGAUAGAUAUGGAGGCUGUCAACUGGCAGCUGAGCAACACCUCCAUGAAUGGGCAUUCACCUACCCCAACCACAGUUCGCUUUCCCAGCUGGGUGACUUUUGAUGACAAUGAAGUCAGUUUUUCACCGCAGAACCUUUCUCCCUUGAAAGCAGACACCCCACCUGCAGAAACACAGACUCCAGAUGUUAACUUUAACCUCACUACAUCCUUUAAGAAAAGAGAACGUCCUAAAAGCACAUUGGGGGACCUCUCCAAAAUUCAAAAACUAGAUCUCUCCUCCUUAACUAAGUUGCCUUCUGUUGAAACACCACCAUGGAGUGCUACUAAUCCCUUCCUGGAUGAAUCUCUGCGAGAUGUCCAACCCUCACCCAUCAAUCCAUUCAGCUCAUUCUUUGAGGAGCGAGACAGGCGUUCCAAAAGCUCUUCUGACUCCAGUGCUCCAGGCAAAAGCCAAAGAGACUCUCUCAUUAUUCUCCAUCAAGAGCCUGAUACCAUCAGUUUCCAUGAGGCAAACAGAAGUGGAACUCACACAGAUGCUGUAGAGCAGCUCAAGCAACUCCAGAUUGGAGACCCAGAUUGUGUGAGCAGCCCUACCUUGCCUGAUGAUGACCCCAUGAUGCCAUAUGAUCUCAAUGCAGCCUUUUUUAACCUGGCACCAGCUCAGCCAAAGGACGGAUGGCCAAUGAUGCUCAGGAUCCCAGAGAAGAAGAAUAUUAUGUCAUCCAGGCACUGGGGACCAAUAUAUGUCAAGCUAACUGACAGUGGAUGUAUACAACUUUUUUAUGAGAAAGGACUGGAGAAACCUUUCCGGGAAUUCAAACUUGAAAUCAAUCACGAGAUUUCAGAGCGCAAACUCCAGAACUAUGAUGAGAAUGGAAGGAUACACAGUGUGCGGUUGGACCGCACAACCUACAAGGAGAAAAAGAAGUAUCAGCCUAAGCCAGCCAUUGCUCACACAGCGGAGAGAGAGCAAAUUAUCAAGCUUGGGACUACGGAUUAUGAAGACUUCCUUAGCUUCAUCAGUGCUGUGCAAGACACACUGAUGAACUUGCCAGCCUCAUCAACAGAUCUGAGCACAGUGGGACUAAACUAUCAAGAAGAAGAAAUCACGGUUGAUGUCAGGGAUGAGUUUCAUGGCAUCUUGGCCAAAGGAGACAGUGUAAUUCUCCAGCACAGUGUGCUGACCCAUAUCUAUGUUCUCAGCUUCCUUUCUGGCCUGGCAGAAUGCAGACUAGGCCUUAAUGAUAUCCUGAUCAAAGGGAAUGAAAUAGUUGCAAGGCAGGAUAUUAUGCCCACUACUACCACUAAGUGGAUUAAAUUAUACAGCUGUCAGUUCCAUUCAUGUGUGGAUGAGGAUAUGUUUAAUAACUCCCGUAUUAUCCUGUUCAACCCCUUGGAUGCCUGCCGGUUUGAGCUGAUGAGAUUCAGAACUGUCUUUGCUGAAAAAACUUUGCCUUUUACUCUGAGGACAGCUGCCAGCAUCAAUGGUGCUGAGGUGGAGGUGCAGAGCUGGCUGAUGAUGUCCACUGGGUUCUCUUCUAACCGUGACCCUUUAACUCAGGUCCCCUGUGAAAACGUGAUGAUCCGCUACCCAGUGCCAAAUGAGUGGGUGAAGAACUUCCGCAGGGAGAGCGUGCUGGGGGAGAAAUCUUUGAAAGCCAAGGUGAACAAGGGGGCCACUUUUGGAUCAGCCAGUCUGUCUGGUUCUGAGCCAGUAAUGAGAGUAACUUUGGGAACUGCCAAAUAUGAGCAUGCCUUUAAUUCCAUCGUAUGGAGGAUAAACCGACUGCCUGACAAAAACUCAGCUUCUGGACAUCCUCACUGCUUCUUCUGUCACCUAGAGCUUGGUUCUGACCGGGAAGUGCCUUCCAGUUUUGUCCGCUAUGUAGAUGUGGAAUUUGACAUGCCUACCACUUCUGCAUCCAAAGCCACUGUUCGGUCCAUCUCUGUUGAGGACAAGACCGAUGUGAGGAAGUGGGUUAACUAUUCAGCACACUACAGUUACAAGGUUGAAAUAGAGCAGAAAAAAAGCUUGAAUGAGGAUCUGAAGGGAGAAGAUACUGCAAAUGUCAAUGAAUGUGCUAUGCAGUGAAAGAAGAUCAGUCUGCAAGUCCCAAGAGGGGUGGUCAAAUUAACAGACCUGAAAGACGGGACUUUCAGGGUCUUGGUAUUUUUCUUUAAAAAAGUAUGGAGUACUACAUUUAAAAUAAUGCUCUAAAGAGUAUUAUUUUUCCUUGUAAUGAUCCAUGCUUUGAGAAGAAGCUUGUCAGUGGUUUGCUUGGAGCAGACCCCUGGGCUCUUGCUUGAACGAUUUAAGUACAGUUGGGAUAUAGACAGAAUGACUCGUAUUACAGUCAAGACUGCCUCUUCCGCCUCUUCACCAUCUAGGUUCUGCACUGAAGUAUGGUCUGGCCACCAUCACAGCCAAACCAGAAAGCAGCCUUUAUCUCACUUACAAUCUUGCCCUCCUACAUUAAGCAUUUUUAUUGUAUGCCUGUUGGUUUGGUCACUGGCAGAUUAAUUUCCUUCUGAAUUGCCAAAUGAAACCCAGGGAGCAUUGAGUGAAAAAUUAUAUAAAAUCUCAUUUCUGAAGUGGUCAACAGAGUGAAAACCCUGAGCAGCAUUCUGGAGAAUCAACACUCUGCAUCCUAAACAUAGUAAAUGGCCAAGCAGAUGAACUACAGACAGGACAGCUAAUCAUCUAGCUGUUCUUCUAUUCACCCCUUCCUGUCUCAUCCCCUGAAGGACAGCAUGUCAUUGUGCACAUUUUCAUGGGGUAUGCACAACAUACAAGAAAGCCGCUAUAGUUUCUUAAAAUUUUUUAUUUGUUAGUCUGAGCUUUUCUGUUCUCUUGACUGAACAUGAUUAUGGCUGCUAGUAACAGGGAAUGUGUGUUAUAAUAGAAGUGAUACAGGAGGGACUUUGCUAAGAUUAGAUCAUUCCUAUCUAGAAAGAUACUUAAGGGAAAAACAUAGGGGGUUGGCUUUGGGUUGGUUUUGUUUAAGAUGUUUUCUUAGAUGGGUAAGGUGGGUGGUUAUUGAAAAUGUCAGAACACGAUUACUUUAAUAGACAGCGUUGUUUGCCUUCCUGAAAAUCCUUGGAAGUCUGUCCAGCGCACUAUUACUUUCAUGUUCUAUCCUGAACCUAUAAUAUAAGUAACUGGUACCUUUAUAAAACCCCCACUAACUGGGACCCAAAAUGUGUUUUUAAAAAUUAAAACCAAGCUUCCAUCAUGGAGAUUUUUUUAUCUCUAUUUAGAUGAAAGUAACAGCAAGUCUUAAAGCUUCUUUCUACAUAAAAAUGCAGAAGGCAAAAAUCACUCAUUCACACAUAUUUUCAGAGAAAACAGUGUUCAAAGUACCCAUUUUUGUAGUUGUUUCCAUGGCGUGUGUAAUAUUUUAUCUCAAGGUAAUUUUAAAUGUAAAACCAGUAAUUUAUUAAAUCAUUUAUCUUUUGAAAGGAUACUGCUGACUUUAAAAUCACACAUUUGGAAAGCCUUGGCAAUGUAAUUUAAAACCAUAAUUAAAAUGAAAGCUUUUUUAUAAAUUUAUAGAUUUAUUUUAUUUUACAUUUCAUAUAACAGAAAAUUAAUACACUAUUUACUAUUUCCUCUGUGACUCCUAUAAACAUCACUACACUGUUAAAAUCCCAAAUAAAACAUGGGAUUAAUUACACCGAGUCUGAAACUCGUAGUGGUAGAAUUUAAAACAAAUUAUAGGGAACUUAUAAAUGCCUUUUUAUAUGCACCUAAAUUUUAGGUCUAUGUCAAUUUAGUGCUAUCCAUUUACACAGGUACACCGCUGUAAACACGUAACGUCUCAGUCCUUCUAGGGCUGCGUAAUGACCGUGUAAUACUCUAUUGCACCGCGUCCUGCUGAAGCCCAGUUUGCUCCUCAGAGCACACCAGUCAGUACUAAGCAUUUGCACCAUCUCUCUGUAAAUGGAAUAAUGCUAAUAACUUUUAUGAAGCAUUUUGAGAUCAGCGGGUUAAAAUUACCAAUAAAGUGCAAAGAAUUAUUAUUCAUUAAAUGAUAAUUUGUGUAAAUUGUGAAAUAUCUGGGAGCACAGGGCUGGAUUCGUGACUGAUUCUCAGCUCUGUUACAGGCUGGCUGUGAUGAGGUACAUGGCAACUCCUCUCUACAAAAUUCACUCUUUUCAAAGAACUUUUGGGUGUUUUUCUUGUUUGUCACUGCAGCUCCUAGUGUACAGUUUCUGCAAAGGACCAUCAAGAAUCCAGCAAAACCAAGCUGAAGUUGAGAUAUUGCUGAGGAAGUGUGAGAAUGUUUUGUGAAAGAGACAGUUGGGAGAUCUCCUACUCUGAUCUGCAGGUUCAGUGUCUGAAUUUUUGUCUAUUGACCCCCAGCCCUUGAAAACACAAAUAAGUAAUAUCAAAUAAACAAAAUUAUGUUUAUGUUAAAGAGGGGAGAAAAUCAAAGGAAUAUCAUUUUCCAUCUGUGUUGAAUUCUUAAACUAUUCAGUCUCUACCAUACUCUAGCCACAUAAUAUUUCAUCCCCCCAAAACUGAAAGAUGAACAUACUGGAGGUUUCUGGAUUUACUUAAUUUCUCUACCUCUUCAUUACGGAUUCUUUUUUUUUAAUUCAAAGUUAAUGAAUGAAAUAAAGAGUAUGGGCCUGCCUCCGAUCUCUCUUAUGUAGUGAGUUGCACAACAGAAGUAACUCCUCCAGCCCUCAUGGAGCUAUGCAGGCAAAACUGGAAAAGUGUUCUGCUGUAUUAAAAAGCUAUUUGAAUCCAUUCUGAUCUCUGGAGAACAUUUUUCUGAUGUACCUGCCACUGAAUUUUCAAGAGUUUAGGAUGAAUACCUCGGCCAGAGUUUCAAAAGAUCUUCUUUCCUAUUGAAGCACUAGAGUAGGUAGUUUGAUUUUGCAAAAGAGCACUAACAACCAAAAUCUUUAGAAAAUGUAGUGUUGGUAUCACCAGGUGUCACCACUGAAUUCUUUUUUCAGUGCAGCACCAUUACGAGCCCUGAGCAUUUGAACACUUGGAUCCUAAGUGCACUUUUUGAGGCUUCCACUGUUCUUGCUUGAUUAAACAGUGCCAAUUUUUCAGUGUUGGAUACUGUCACUUAUGAACUUUAUGUACAUGAACUAUAUACUCUUCAUCCAUAGGGGUACACUAGUACUUUGGACAGACUGUUGAUGGGAGUGAGGUGAAAAGAGCUGAGGUGUGUGUCAGUUUUAGAAUAGCAGAAAUUAUUUAGAUACAAGCUAUGCCUGUAGUGGGAAUGGAUUUUUUUAUUUUUAUUUUUUUUACCCUGGGGAAAAAUUUCUUUGAAUAGUUUCGGUUUAAUACUCCUUUUGAGAAAGACAUAAUCACUGUUCUUUUGUUUAUUUGAAAGCUUUGUAGUACUCCAACACUCCGUGCAGGAAAUAGUGCCUUCAAGGUAAGCGUACAUUUACUCCCUGAAGCUAUUUCCACUUUCAGCCUUCCUUCUAUUUCUCAUUAUGGUUUUGAUUCAUUUUUGUAUUGUGGUACUACUUGAGGUAUUGCAGGGAAUUUUGCCUAGAAAAAUAAAUAGUCUUUGAUCACAAGAGGUGAAGAUGAACAACAUCUCUGGGCAGCUGAGCUUCUUCUAGUAAAUGCCUCUCACAUUUAUUAACUGUGGACAUUUUGCUAGCAAAGGAAAAUGGAUGGGUAAAUUCCACUGAGAAAUAGGAUACCUGACUGAUGUUAUUUUUGUCCUUUAUUUUAUUUAGACUCAAAUUUAGUCAUCCUACGAAGGAGACAGAUUUUAGGUUCUUCGUUGUAUCAGUAUCAAAAGAAACAUUGCAGAAAUAAUUUACCAUUUCUGGUGGGUGGCUGGCUGGCAUAUUUACUUGACAGGACAUCCAAGACCUGUUGGUCUACCUGUCCACAUGACUUAGUAGCUGCUAAAAUUCCCCCUUGAUCAUUCACCUCCCAGGAUGGAGAGCAACUGCAUGCAAAAGAGCUUGAAAGCAAGAGGAAAGCAUGUACAAAAUUCAGCCUAGAGGUACUUACUCUGUUGCUUGCAUUAAAUUCUCAGUAAUUUCCUUGGCCCUUGAGUGCACACAAACUAAUCAAGCCCCUGUUCCAGAGGGUGAAAAAUUAUUUUCAGUGACUCUAGCAGCUCAUGUUUAUAGCUGUAUUCAUCUCCAGAACUGGCCAGCACAAGAAUUUGCAGCACACAGAGAUCACUUAUGGAUGAAUUACUUGCCCUCUUCUGCCACUAAAAUUAAAUCUACAUCAUGAAUUGACUGAGAUACAAAAUUUUGUGUGAUAACAGGCAUAGCUGUUCCUAGCCUUCCUGUUUUGUUCAGCCACCCACCCACUCACACAUGCAUCCAUCCACCCUCACAUCCGUCCUACCUUCCCUCCCUCUCCUAUACUUGCAAUUCAUUCUUUGCACUAUUGACAUUGAUUGGUUUGAUGAUUAUGUUGUAACAUGUUCCUACCUUUUUGUUUUGUAAAAUAAGAAAGUCUAUACACUGGCUAACUUUGUAGAGGUGGUUUAUUUUUUUUCUUUUUAUCUUAUCUGUUGAAGUGGGAUGUCAUGUUUUGCUUAAACGACGGGAAAACUUAAAUAAAUGUUAAGAUGAAACAUCAUAUCCACA